AUGUCGAAGCCAUUUAACCCAGAGGAGGCCGAGAACUUCGAGGAUAUGGAGAAGCAAUUCGCUGUCAAAGAGAAGGUCAAGGGCUCUCAACUGCGCUUGACCAAGAUGGACGACGAAAUCUACGAAUCAUUUAAAGCCGAGUUCCCCGAUUUCGACCCUGCAGCCACCAUCAAUGAGGACCUGAUGAAGAGCAAGGCCGGCAAGGAGAAGUGGCGAAACUGGAUUAACCAGUACGAGAAGAAGAUCGACGACUUCAAUUUUGGCACCAUCAUUCGCAACCGUGCGGACGUCGAAUACGAACAGGACACUACCAUCUUCGGUGUCCGUAUGCAGUUUUACGCUAUUGAAAUUGCGCGAAACCGUGCUGGUCUCAAUGACUGGAUCUACGAGCGUUCUCAGAAAUAA